GGGAACCACCAUAUAGCCGGAAAAUAUGGUUAAGUGUCAACAAGGACUAUAAUGACACUGAGAUAUUGAAAAGAGCUAUUACCGAAGCUGGUGGGAACCACCAUAUAGCCGGAAAUACAAAAGCCACGCUAGAGCGAACCCUCGUAGAAGCCUUGAAGGGACAUAAGACCUUAUUGAUAAUGGAUGAUGUUUGGGACUGCCGUGCAUGGGAUGGUGUGCUCCGAACUCCGCUGGUCAAUGCUACCCUAGCUCAUGGCAUCCGAAUCCUCCUCACCACAAGGCAUGACACAGUUGCGCAAGGGAUGAUGGCGGAGAAGCCCCAUCAUCAUGUCAAUAAACUUGAGCCCGAAGAUGCAUGGUUGCUGCUCAAAAAGCAGGUAGUUGGAAAUGAAAAUGAUGAAGCCCAGAUUGAACUGCUCAAAGAUAUUGGAAUGGAAAUCAUAGCACAAUGUGAUUGUUUACCACUUGCUAUCAAAGUAAUAGGAGGUCUCCUACGCCAGAAAAGGACCAGCCGGCGAGACUGGAAAAAUGUCCAAAAUGACUCGAUUUGGUCAGUAUCCCAAAUGCCUGAAGAGCUAAACUAUGCAAUAUAUCUUAGCUAUGAAGAUUUGAGUCCUAGUUUGAAGCCUUGCUUUCUUCAUUACUCCCUCCUUCCCAAGAGCAGAGUAUGCUUCACCGAUGAGAUUAUUGGCAUGUGGAUUAGCGAAGGAUUUGUUCAUGGAGCCUCUUGUGACUUAGAGGAAAUAGGACAAGAGUACUAUGAUGAGUUGAUACAGAGGAACCUUAUUGAGCCUAAUUUAGAGUACGUUGGUAAAAUAGUCUGCAACAUGCAUGAUGUUGUCCGUUCAUUUGCUCAAUACGUAGCUAGGCACGAAGCAUUAAUAGUACAGAACAAGGAAAUUCAUAUUGCUGACAAAAUCAAUUCACAGAAGUUUUUACGCUUAUCUCUGGAAACAAGAGGAUCAGAAUCAGAUGACUUAGAGUGGUAUUCAUUACAAGCACAAACAUCACUGAGAACACUAAUAUCAGUUGGGAAUAUAAGAAUCAAACCUGGUGAUUCGUUGCUUGCUUUUUCAAAUUUACGGACACUAUACAUGGAAGAUGCAAGUUUUGAUGGAUUAUCUGAAUCUUUGAAUCAACUGAAACACUUGAGGUAUUUAUCCACAAAAGGAGCUAACAUAUCUAGGCUGCCAGAAAAUAUUGGUAAAAUGAAACUCCUGCAAUAUAUUAUCCUUUAUGGUUGUAACAGUUUGGUGAAUCUUCCAGAUUCCAUUGUAACGCUGCAACACUUGAGGUGUCUUAACAUUCGUAUGACAGGAAUAAGUAGCAUACCUAAGGGUUUUCAUAGGCUAACAAAUCUGAGGACUUUAUAUGGGUUUCCAGCACAUAUGGAUGGUGAUCGGUGUAACCUUGAAGAACUGGGACCUCUCUCCCAGCUCACUAGGCUUAUUAUAAGUGGCUUAGAGAAUGUGUCUUCUUCCUCAUUUGCAACAAUGGCCAGGAUUGGUGAAAAGGUGCAGCUGAGCUUUGUGUCCUUACAAUGCACAAGUAGAAUCAGACAUGAUGGCCAGUUGGUAAAAGAUGAAGAAGGCAUUCCUGAGGAGCAGCAGCGACAAAUCGAGGAGGUAUUUAAUGAGCUCCGCCCUCCGUCUGGUUUAGAAACCCUCUCAAUCACAUGGUACUUUGGUCAGCGGCUCCCAAGGUGGAUGAUGUCAACAGAAGUUGUGCACCUAGGGAGCUUAAGGACUCUAAUGGUGGAUGACCUGGACUGUUGCACGAAGCUUCCUGAUGGCUUAUGUCAGCUCCCCUGCUUGGAAUUCCUACAGAUUGUUCGUGCCCCAGCGAUCAAGCGUGUUGGGCCCGAAUUCCUACAACCAAACCAUCACUGCCAUAACCAUUUCCAGCUAGGGGUUUCAUUCCCCAGAUUGAGUGAGCUGAAAUUUUGUGAACUGGUCGAGUGGGAGGAAUGGAAGUGGGAGCUGCAAGUGAAAGCCAUGCCCAUCUUGGAGAAGCUUAAACUCGAGAAGUGCAAGUUGAGGUACGUGCCUCCUGGCCUUGCCUUCCACGCAAGGGCUUUGAAGAAACUAUGCAUAUAUGAUGUGAAGCAUCUAAGCUCUUUGGACAACUUUACUUCUGUUGCUCACCUUGAGGUGUUUCGAAACGCUGACCUGGAGAGGAUCAGUAAUCUGCCAAAACUGCAGAAGCUCAUCAUCGAAAAGUGCCCGAAGCUGAAGGUAUUGGAGGGCAUUCCUGCGCUACAGAGACUCAAUCUUCUUGAUGAUGACAUGGAAAUAGGCCCCAAAUAUCUGCAAGAUAUAAAGCCAGGGCACUUGCUGCUGGAAUGCAGCUUGCAGUUGCUCACUUCCAUAGCAGCGGGGAAAUCUAGUCCCGAGUGGGACAAGUUCAGCCAUAUCCAACAAGUCAAGGCAUAUGCAGACGAUGCAGGCAUUUCGAGGAAAUGGUACGUGCUGUACACAAGGGAUCCUUUCCACUUGGAGACAAAUAUCAGCCUCUCUGCCAUUGACUGAGCUCGCAACGAGUGCAAGUGGCCGGUAGGACGACGUGCAUCUACUGACAAACGUCAGCCCCUGUGUCUAUGCUUCAGGUAUAGGAUGCGGCAUGGCGGUCAAUGACGCGAGGUGAAGGUCAGGUGAAAGAUUCAUGCUGAAAGACCAUGGUGAAGGAUGGACGCGAGUAGGCUCGGAGAAACGAAAAGUUCACGUCGAGGGACAAGACGGUGAAGAGUGAAUGCGAGUAGGCAUGGACCGAGGGACCCGAAGAGGCCGGCGGAGUCAUGGGCGGUGCACAUGGUGCACGGAAGAGUAAUAGUACAUGGUUAUGAAGACGGCGUCGGCCAAGUCAGUGAGGACGAUGGCGAGUCAAGUAGGUGGCCCAUGCGGCGGGCGUGCGCGAACGACUUGAAGGCGUCAAGGCUUGGUGCAAGGUCAGACACGCGUCGUCAUCGGCGGUUUGACCGGUUUGGGCCUCAAAACCGGGGGCGGACGCGGUCAAGGUCCGGGCGGAGGGCACGUGACGUCAUUGCGAAGGUUGCGUCGAGGCGAAGUAAAGUUGUGAAGGCGGUGUGUUUGUCCGGUGUUUAUAUAAAAAGUUGGACGAAUUUGCCCUGCAUGGGUGUUAUUGUAAUUAAUAUUGUAGGGGUAUUAAUGUCUUCUGGAGGAGACUUAGAGGAUAAGAAGAGGGGAAUGGACAGUCAUUCAACUCAGUCGACCAGUUACAGUCGCCCCAUACUUCUCCCUCUCAGUUCCUCUCUUUUUUUUUUUUCCCUUCUCCUCUUCACUUUGGGUUAGGAAUUGAGAUGGAUUUUUGAGUUUUUAUAUCUCAGAUUUAUAGGAAAGGAGGCCUUUCCCUCCUAGGG